AUGAAAUUAUUAGCACUCUUAACUCAUUUAAUCUUAGUACCAUUUUUAUCUGCAACCUAUAUUCCAAACCCUAUAGAUAAUAUAAAUGGAAAUUUAAGUAGUAUUUCUUUUAGCAUGAAUACUAAUGAAAGAUUAGAAGCUAGCAAUGUUAAACAAUUGGGUUUGGUAGAUCUAAAAAACUUCACAUCGGAAAUUGCAGUUGUACUUUUUUAUGUUCCAUGGUGUGUAUUUUGUCGUGAGAUACUUCCAGAAUUUGAUAAAGCUGCUAAUAUUAUGAAGGAAUAUAAUAUACCAUUUGGGAGAUUAGAUGCUAAUGAUAACCGUCAAGUAGUUCUUUUAGAACAAGUUCCGAAAUUCCCAACAAUUAAGAUAUACUUUGAAGGCGUUGGUCACUACUAUACAGGUAUUUCGAACUCGAUUGCAAUAGUUAAUUUUAUAAACUCGGAAUUAAAUAGAGACUUCCAUAUUUCAAAUAAAAAGGCUCUGGAAAAUUUUAUUGAUAGAAAUAAUUCUGGUGUAAAAAUCAUUGCUAUUAUUAACUCUACAUUAAACUCUUCAUUACCAAAACCAAAUAUUACUAAUGAACAUGAAUCUAAUGAUAAUAAUUUAAAUUCAAAUAUUCCAGCAUACUUGAAAAUUUCUAGAAAGUAUCAGCAUAUUCUAUUUGGUCAUACAUAUACAAAUAACUCGGAAGUUGUAGAGGUACUUUUAGGCAAUAGCAGCUCGUAUACUGAUAGUUCUACAGUACCAUUAGCAAGUGUGUCAUCUAAUUUGAUUAUUUAUACUCCUUGGAAUAACCAUAAGGAUAUAUUUGGAAAUUAUACAUCUGAAGAUAAUGUAGAUACUGGGCGUGUAAUAGUAAAAUCUAUUGACUUAAAUAGCCUUGAAGAAUUAGAUAUGCAAGUGCGUAAAUAUGAAUAUCCACUGAUUAUUAGGUUCGUUCCUUUAGUUACUCAAAGGCUAUUCUCUGAUGAUAGACCAUUGGUCUUUCUAUUUUCAUCUGAAAAUGAUCCUACUCAUAAUGAAGUCAUGAAGAGGUUUCAGAAGAUAGCUAGAAAAUUUAGAGGCAAGCUAUUAUUUAUUCAUAGUAGCACUUCUUUGCCACAUGAGAGGCGAAUAAGGCAAGUUCUUGCUAGUGAUGAUGAACAAACACCCAUUAUAUCUAUUUUAAAGUUUUCUGAUGUAAAAAAUAGAGAUUUUAAGCUGAAUAAAAUCCCAAUGAACCCUCAACAACCACCCUUAGUUUACAGAUCUAGUAUAUCUGGUAAAGGUUUACUUGCAGAUUCUAUAUUAGAAAACUUCAUCCAAGAUUACACUUUAGGCAAACUCAAACCAUAUUUUAAGAGUGAGGAACCACCUCUUGAUGAAGAGAAUAAUGGACCAGUUCGUAUUGUUGUUUCCACUACAUUUCAAAGUGAAGUUUUGAACAAUGUCAAUCAAGAUACUUUUAUUGUAUUUUAUGCUCCCUGGUGUGGUCACUGUAGAAAACUAGAACCAGAUUUUAAUGUUCUUGGUCAAAGACUACAUAAUUUGAAGACCUUAAAAAUUGCCAAAAUUGAUGGUUCACAAAAUGAAAUUGAAAAUAUUCAUAUUCUUGGUUAUCCUUCAUUAAUGCUAUACCCUGCGAAUAAAAAGAGUGACCCGAUAUGGUAUGAUGGAGAUAGAUCUGUCCAUAAUAUGAUAAUCUGGCUUGCAUCUCACGUGACUCACCAAUUUGACCCCGAACCAUUCCUUAAUCCGGAUAAUGCCUUUGAAGAUGAUGAUCUUGACAUGUCAAGAACCGGUGAGUUAUAA